AUGGAUCCGUCUGCACAGCGCACGCGGAUAAUUGUGAGCUCUCUCCUCCAAUCGAAGAUGGGAUCCCUUUACAGUACUCCGACUUCGAGAUCAAAACCCACGAGGCUAUCGACAAACUCGUUCGAUUGAACACGGAAGAGUACAGAAACUACGAGGUGAUUUUAAGGCGUAUUGGGAUGGUUUUCACAGACCUGGCCGAACUGGGAAUGGCUCAACCGAAACGGCGCGGUUGCGUUUACUCAGCAAGGAUGGCGCACGGUGCGUUCUGGUGCGUAACUGGAGUCUGCACCGUGCAUUUUCGCUGUUGUUUUUUGGGUCGCACUGGUGCCGCACGCUAAGAGUACUGAAUUGACAUCUGUGCACCAAGACACCAAUUGCGCACCAGAGUGCAAAAACGCAGAAUGCACCGUGCGCCAUCCUUGCUGAGUAUCGUCUGUGUACCACGACUUGGAAUUUCAUCGAACGACAUUCCGUUGUUCCACUGCCUGCUCGGCCGCUUUUUAAUUUUUAAUUUUACUUAAAAACUCGACCAACACGUGUUCCUAGUGGAAUAGUGUAUCUAUCGAAAAUGAGAACCAAUUCAAAGCGAGACCGAGGCUCGCAAAGACGCUUCGCGACGCAGCGGAAGAGCGGAAUGUCGUUCCAAGUCUUGGCACACAAACUAUACAGCUGAUUCUUGCGCGAGCCUGCAAAAAAAGGGUCCUGACACGAAAAGAGACAGUCCCUGGUUGGUGGAGAGCGCAGACAAGGCGCGGCUCUUUACGUCCUAAGCUAGCCGUGAAUGAAACUAAACUUGAAAAAUUCGAAGCUCGAAAGCCGUUUCGGGUCGGGCGCAUUUCCAAGCAGCGGUCCCUUAUGAGCUACUCCCAGCAUGUCAAUUUUUGAAAAAUCCUAGAAAACAAACAAAUAUAUACCUUCACAAGGAUCCUGAAAGCUCAAUCACGCUUUUGAACAAGAAAAUUUAGCGUCAAAGUUACUUGAAAGCUUGGAAAAUUUUAAAAACCGUAAAAAAACGUCAUUUCUUUCAGAUUGAACAUUUCAAUCACAAGUUGGCGAUGAAGUUGCGCGAGAGAAUGAGCGAGGUAACUAAUAGUACAGCUGAUUUACGGCUGGCUUGAGCCAUCAAAAAAAAGGUCCUGACACGAUAAUGCACGAGAUAGCGCCUGGCUCGUGGAGAGCGCAGACAGGACACGCCCCCCUAGCGUUCCAAGCUGGCCGUGAAUCAGCUAUAAACAAGAUUUUGAAAUUGAAGAUCCCGGGAAAAACCUUAAAAGAGCUAAAAAGUAAGCAUGUCCCUAAAUAGGCACCUAAACCCUUAAGCAAAGUUAAUGAUAUCAUAAAUGACUUACAGCUGCACCCGGGGAUCGGCGGCUGGUCCUCGAUCGUCGGCACUUCAUUCGCUGGAGCUUUCGCUUUCCAGAAAAACUCCAUGCUCCACCUGACCGUCGGUUCGUUUCUAAUCAAUACAGAAAUAAGUUAUUAACUACUUUUUUUCAGAUGGAAUGCAUAUCGUGCUCUUCCGAACGCCAAUCACGAGGAACAUAAAGUCGAGGGAAUUGGGUUGA